GUUGUUGUCAAACAGUACAGUGUGCAGGGCAUCCUUCCUCUGAGCAUCUCUGCAAUUCAGCCUCUAAAAAAACUCUGGUUUAAUCACAUUUCUGACAGUUUGUAUAAGUAGAAUAUAAGUCACAUUACAGUGCAUGCAUCUUCCAGUGCGCCUGAAAAACAUGGGACUGCCGUUUCACGCAUCUUUGUUAUUCUUUCUCUUCAGCCUCGUUCAUACAAAUCCAUUGACAACAUGUGGACCCAAUCAGUUCCAGUGCGGGAACGGUAAAUGCAUAACGGCUAGAUGGGUGUGUGACGGCACGGACGACUGUGGAGACGGCACUGAUGAACUUCCUGCUACCUGCAUGACCAAAACCUGCAAGCCGACAGAGUUCAGCUGCACGGGUCGCCUUAACCAGUGCAUACCGGGAACCUGGCACUGUGACGGGAAAGCUGACUGUGAGAAUGGAGCUGAUGAGGAGAGCUGUGCACCCAAGCUGUGCACGAACACGGAGUUUCGCUGCGGGAGCGGUCAGUGCGUGUCGUCCUCCUUCGUGUGCGACGACGAGGCGGACUGCGACGACGGCAGCGACGAGGCCUCCUGCCCGCCGGUCACCUGCAGCCCGGCGUCCUUCCAGUGCAACAACACCGUCUGCGUGCCCCGCCUGUGGGCCUGCGACGGCGACAUCGACUGCUCCGACAGCUCCGACGAGUGGCCCCAGAACUGCGGCGCGAAGACCCCGGUCACCCCUGCAGGUCAUCAGUGUUCAGCCCUGGAGUUCCACUGCGGCAGCGGGGAGUGCAUCCACGGCAGCUGGAAGUGCGAUGGAGGUGCAGACUGCCUCGAUCGGUCCGAUGAAGCAGGAUGUGCACGCACCACCUGCCGUCCCGAUGAGUUUGAGUGCGGCGAUGGUACAUGCAUCCACGGCAGCCGCCAGUGCAACCAUCUGUACGACUGCAUGGACAGGAGUGAUGAACUCAGUUGUGUCAACGGUACGAAUCUCUUCUCAUCCUGGAUCCUAGCAGCAACCCAUAUGAAGUGUUUUUCCAUCUAUAACUGUAUUUUUUACAUCACAGCAACCCACUGCGAUGGUCCGACCAGGUUCAAGUGCCGCAGUGGGGAAUGCAUAAGCAUGGAGAAGGUGUGUGACAGGAAGCGUGAUUGCAGGGACUGGACAGAUGAGCCUGUGAGGGAAUGUGGCUCCAACGAAUGCCUUUACAACAACGGCGGCUGCUCGCAUAUUUGCAACGACCUGAAGAUCGGCUUCGAGUGUCUGUGUCCUACUGGAUAUCACCUGGUGGACACAAAACGCUGUGAAGACAUCGACGAGUGUGUCAACCCGGACACCUGCAGCCAGAUCUGCAUCAACCUGAUGGGCAGCUUUAAAUGUCAGUGUGAGGAGGGGUACCAGGUGGACCCAGCAACCAAAGCCUGCAAGGCCAUCGGAACAAUCGCCUACCUGUUCUUCACCAACCGUCAUGAAGUGAGAAAGAUGGCGUUGGAUAAAAGUGAGUACACCCGAGUGAUCCCCCGUCUGAAGAACGCCGUGGCUCUCGACAUGAACAUGGCCGCCACAGACAUCUACUGGUCCGACAUCUCCCAGAAGAAGAUCUACAGAGCUCAGAUGGACUCGGCCGAUGACCUGACUCAGCACAGCGUAGUGAUCGGCAGCGACAUGGAUGCACCCGAAGGACUCGCUUUCGACUGGAUCCACGGGAACCUGUACUGGACCGACAGCAUCCGCAGCACCAUCUCCGUCGCCACUGCCGACGGGAGCCGCCGGAAAACUCUGUUCCGUCGAGACUUAUCCAAACCCCGCGCCAUUGUGGUCGACCCCCACAACAACUUCCUUUACUGGACUGACUGGGGUAAUCCCGCUAAGAUCGAGAAGGGAGGUCUCAACGGAGGAGACCGCACCGCUCUGGUCACGGACAACAUCGUGUGGCCGAAUGGAAUCACAAUCGACCUGUUGAACCAGCGGCUGUACUGGGUGGACUCCAAGCUGCACACCCUCUCCAGUAUCGACAUGCAGGGCGGCAGUCGACGCACCCUCAUCAUCGACGAGGACAAGCUGGCUCACCCUCUGGGCCUCACUGUGUUUGAGGAAAGGGUGUUCUGGACAGACGUCAGCAACAAUGCCAUCCUCAGCGCCAACAGGCUGACGGGUGAGGACAUCACAGCCGUGGCAGAGCACCUCAUAUCCCCAGAAGACAUCAUUCUGUACCACAACCUCAAACAGCCUACUGGCAGGGAUUGGUGCCAGGUAUCUGGCUGUGAAUACAUGUGCCUGGCAGCUCCUCAAGUAGGCAGACACCCCCCCAAAUACACAUGUGUGUGUCCAGACAACAUGAUGCUAGCCCGGGAUAUGAGGACCUGUGUACCUGCCGUGCCAACACCCGAAGCUCCCGUGCAGCCUCAGGUUCCAGCGACAGACCCUCCUCAUCAACCUCCAGUGCCAGCCAGCACCACACCCAAGCCCGUGGUCCAAACCACACCCAAGCCCCUGGUCCAAACCACCCCUAAGCCCCUGGUUCGUACCACCCCUAAACCGCAAGUCCGUACCACCACGGAGGCCAUAAUCACCACCACUGCAGCCCGGCCAGUGCCACGAACCACCAAACCUCCAGUCAGGACCACCACCCCUGAACCAAGGACCCCCUCACCCAAGCCGGUGAACCCUAAAAUUCCCCAGACCACCACAGGGGCUCCAGUCACCUCUCCAGAUAUCCAACAUGGAUUUGCCGCUGCUAUCCCCAACACUGCCUCCACCACCCCGCUAGCUGUGUAUAUUGCACUACCUCUGGCGCUCAUCUGUCUGGUGGCUAUCGCCGGCGUGCUACUAUGGAGGAACUACAGGCUGAAAAACACCAACACAAUUCACUUUGACAACCCCGUCUACCAGAAAACCACAGAGGACCAAGUGCACAUUUGGAGGAGCAACAGUAUUGACGGUUAUUCCUACCCAAAAAGACAAGCCGUGAGCCUGGAUGAAGAGGCGGACAAUCCAACCUUCACAGAAAACUGAAAAAUGUUUGGAAAGAAGAGCUGUGACGUUCUUGUGUAUUUUUACCUGACAUGGCACAAAGAUAUGGAAUUUAAAGCCAGUCUUAAAACCACUAUAUCCUCACAAGCACUCUUAAGUGCCAACAAAACAGGGUGAAACUUAUUUUGAGGUUGCACAUUUCUUUCAAGGUUGACAAUCUAUGCCUGAUACUAUCAUACCAAACCAGCAGAUUAUGAAUUCUCAGUCUAGAUAUUUUUCACUCAGUUUCCAAACUGGGAUGCUUAUGAUGGUUGGAUAUAACCGAGGAACCUUGUCGCUAAAAGCCACAUCGUGUCUUGUUUUGAGCUCAUUUAAUGCAACUAGUUUUAGGUAGAAUUCACACAAUUACUUUUCUUACUUCAUGGACUAUUAUCAAAACUCAAUUGAUUUAUUUUGCCCAGUUUUGUGCCUUUGUGGUAAAUACCAGGCUAGCACGAGCAGACUGUUAGCUUAGCUUAGCUCAAAGACUGGAAGCACGGGGAAAGAGUUAACCUGGUGAGAAUUGCAGUCUACACUAGGGUGACCAGACGUCCUCUUUUGCCCGGACAUGUCCUCUUUUUAUGUCCUGUCCGGGGGGGUUUUAUAAAUUCAUGAAAACGUCCGGUUUUCACAGUUUUUCAUGGGACCAUUAAGCGUGUACUUAAAUUGAAUGGCGCUUUGCACAGAAGUCUACUGUACUUAGACUUCCCCCCCCAACAAUCGCAAGUGUCCUCUUUUUCGCCACCUCAAAUCUGGUCACCCUAGUCUACACACACUCUUUGAAAGAUGAUUUUUGUACAGAAUAAAUAAUCGAGGUUAUUAUUUAGCUUCAUAGACUCGGUUUGGGAGGUUGUAUUACCAUAGGACACAGCAAGGCUAACCGUUUAGUCUUUUUGCUAAGCUAAGCUAACCAACUGCAGGCUCCAUCCACAUGUUUAAGAAACAUAUAUGUGAGUGGUAUCAAUCUUCUCCUCUGACUCUCAACGAGGAGGCAAAUAAGUGUGUUUCCCAAAAUAUUGAACUAUUGCUUUUAGAGGCGAAGAACUCACCGUUUUUGUGUUAACGCUAAAAAAUAAUAUGCAUUACAGAGCCAUGCUAGCCCUGUUUCCAGUCUUUAUGCUAGGCUAAACUAAGCUAAUCACGUAAGUAACGGAAAGACAUGAAAGACAAUCUUCUCAUCUAACUGUCUUUCAAGAAGGCGUUUAUAUUUUCCUCAUUGGUCAUUGGACACGAGAACAAAUCUGAAAAAACACCAGAGGUACAUAAAAGGAAGAAUUCUACAUGUGCCACUUUAACCAGUGUGACCUCAAUAAGUCUCAAUGAUGUAUCGUGUGUUGUUAUGAAUUACUCGGUAGUGGAGCAAAAACACCAUCCAGAGGGACCUAAAGACACUGCUGUAGUGAACCUCAAAGAGAAAGCACUGUGCCUUGAUUUAUUGCCUACUGUGGGCCGCGAUGCCUUCAAAUGUCGACAUAUGGUCAAAACAAAAAUGUUCUUCCGCAGCUGCCAUGUGUUCCCGGAGUUUCUCAGAACCGUUUUCAGCUUCUGAUUGGGGAUCAGCUCCUUCCCCAUGCCCCUCUCGGGAGGAUCGUUGCAUAACGUAGAGACCGUAAGACUUUGAUGAAACCACGUGUUACCAGUGGGGCCAAUGCUCUGGACCAUGGCACAUGUAUGUUUAUAUCCUCCCUCAGGACAUGAACUUCACCUUUCCUUGAACAUUCCUGGAAAAAAAAGCCAUGAGAUGGUGUUAAAAACAUCCUCACCAGGUGUUUGAGCUCCUGUACUUGUAUCACUGACAAAUGUGUGCCUUUUUUAAUGAAAUAAUAUGCUCACAUGUUCAUAUUGGUGCUAGUGACCUCAGUGGAUAUGUAUGAAAUCAAUGUGUUUACAGUGACUUGUGUGAGGGAGGUGGGUUAAUGACCAUUGUGAGGCCUUAAGGUACAAACAUCCGUUAGUGCUGGUGAACUAAAUGUCAUUUUACAUCCACUGACUAUCAGCGAAGAUUAAGCAUGUACAUAUAUUGUUCAUAAAUGUAAAUAUGUGUUCUUUAUGGUUUUUUUGGUAAAAAUGUCAGUGUUUUGGAUUUUGAUGUCAACUUAAAAAAUGUGCUGUACAUAAAUAAAUGCUUCUAUUUAUUAUAGAAUCA